GCCCCGCGCUGCGCAGCAUGGCUGGCUUUGCAGACCUGAACGUCCCGCAGGGCGCGGAUAGGAAGGCCGUUCAGAGCCUGCUGGAGGCCGCGGCACACCUGGGAUAUUCUGCAGUUGCUCUUAAUCACAUCAUCGACUUUAAGGAAAAGAAACAGGAAAUAGCCAAGCCGGUAUCUCCAUCAGAGCUGUUUCCAUCUUUGCCUAUUGUGCAGGGGACAUCUAAAAGACUUAAAGUCUUAACCCGGCUGACACUUGUUGUUUCUGAUCCUUCCCACUGUAAUCUCUUGAGAUCUACAUCUACAAACAUAAGAUUGUAUGACAUCAUAGCUGUAUUUCCAAAGACAGAGAAGUUGUUCCACAUUGCUUGCACAACUCUUGAUGUGGAUCUAGUGUGUAUAAACGUAACAGAGAAGCUUCCGUUCUACUUCCGAAGGCCUCCUGUAAAUAUGGCAAUAGAUCGAGGCAUUUACUUUGAACUUCUUUACACGCCUGCCAUCAAAGACUCCACAAUGAGAAGAUACACAAUUUCAAAUGCGAUCAGCCUGAUGCAGAUCUGCAAAGGAAAGAACAUCGUUAUAUCUAGUGCAGCUGAAAGACCUCUAGAAUUACGAGGUCCUUAUGAUGUGGCUAAUCUAGGUUUGCUGUUUGGCCUGUCAGAAGGCGAAGCCAAGGCAGCCGUGUCCACCAACUGCAGAGCCACCAUACUUCAUGGAGAAACUCGAAAGAGUGCCUGUGGGGUAGUAUACACAGUGAAGAAGCUUCACAAGGUUGAGGAGGAAGAAACAGUGCCAGCCUGCAAAAAGGCCAAGACUCAAGCUUGAGUCAGUUGUCAACUGAAGCGUCCAUCCAGUCUUUGCCCAGUGGUUGAAUCUUCCUCCAACCUCCAGCUGGCUUGGUUCCUCAGUUACCGAUUUAUUUAUCCUGAAGAAGAAUUAUUCUUCUGGUUUCCAAGUGAGGAGUUCUGUGGGAAUCCUAUUUCUGGGCUUCUGGACGAGGGCAGGAGGGCAUCACUCCACCUUGUCCUAGGUCUUCUGGAAUCAGUGGGAAGGAACUUGCACAAUAGAAAGUAUCCCUAAUGCAGAAACAUUGUGUACGGUGCACUCUUUUUUUUUUUUAAUUAAAAAUGUUUUCAAGAAGGCUUGCCUGUAAAGUCUCACUCUUAUAGUACAUAGAGUUUUAAAACAUGUCUCCAUACUAAACUGUAGAACCACGAGUCAGUAAAGUUUACCUUAAAUGGCCUGAGAGAAUGUGCAGUAAAAAUGUUAUCUGGUUUCUAUUCUGUUUUGUGAUCAAUAACUAUAACAAUCCCAGUAUCUGUUGCUUGCUAGGGGAAAUCUUGAGUUUGUAUCACAGGAACACUGACUAAAUCAACCUGUUAGACACACAGUGCAAAGGUUAUCUCUGUCCUUGAAAUCAAACCAUCCUAACUUAAAGCCAAACAGUAACAUGAGACAUUUAUCACGGAUAGGAAGGAAGAGCCCGAGGUUAUCCUGAAUGUGUGCUCAGCAUGGUGUGCAGUUGCAGCAUAACAGCUGUCUCACCUAGGCCUGAGCAGUUUCCAUGUCACACAACUUUUACUAUGUCAUGUCCUUUCUUUUUUAUGUCCAGAUUGUUUUGCCGCCUCCUGACUUUCCAGUUUUCCUUCCUGUUAGUGCUUCAGUCAAUCUGAUCCAAAAAAGUAAUUGUAACAGAUUUCUAAUCAGUGAGGCAUUUUCAGACAGCUUCCAGAUGUUGACUGAAGUUCCUCUUUUGACCAAUAUAAAAAUUAUGUAAGAUGUGCUUACAGUGCUUUUGUGCCAGCUUUACUCUGAAUAUUCCAAUCCCCCCCCCCAAGAAAGACGCUGAAGCGUGAAAGGUCUGGAAUGCAGGUAAUAUGGGCUGAGGGAACUGGGAUUGUUUAGUCUGGAGAAGAGGAGGCUCGGGGAAGACCUUAUUGUCACCUACAAGUCCCUGAAAGGAGGUUAUAGCGAGGUGGUGGUCAGCCUCUUCUCCCAGGUAACAGUGGUAGAACAAGAGGUAAUGGCCUCAAAUUGCAGCUGGGGAGGUUGAGAUUGGAUAUUAGGAAAACUUUCAGAGUGGUGAUGCACUGGCACAGGCUGCCCAGGAGGUGAUGGAUUCACUGUCCCUGGAGGUGUUAAAGAAAGGCGUAGAUGUGGUGAGGUUAGUGGGCUUGGUGUUGAGGGGUGGAUGGUUGGACCAGAUGAUCUUAGUGGUCUUUUCCAACCUUAAUGAUUCUGCGGUUCACUGUUCUUACCUGACAACAAGCUGAGAAGUGCAAGUUGUGACAUGUAGAGUACUGCAGAAAUCUUGCAGUGAGUUAUCUCUGAGCUCUUAGUAGUUAAUGAAGCUCUCAGUAGGCUAUCCGUUUUAUAAAAUGCUGGUGUAAGCCACAACAGCUUUUGCAUCAUUCAACAAGCAAUAAGGUAGUUUUUCCUUUGAUUUUAUUUUACUUCAUCAUGAUAUGAGUCUGUUUUAUUACUCGUGUUGAGAUAUAAUAUCAAUAUUAUUGAUAUUACAUAUAGUGGCUUCUCAUUUAUGGACUUGCCUCCAAAAUAAGGUUCUAACCAAAUAAAGAAGCAGUGGAAAUGUG